AUGGCUAAGUCCUACAGUGGAGGGUCUUACGUGGACAAAUCAUAUAUGGACAAGUCAUAUAUGGAUAAGUCUUACGCUGACCAGUCGUACCUGGGCACCGUUUACACGGGCUAUGAUGACGAGGAGGCAAAGAAACAAGCCUUGGAGGAGCAGAUUAAGACUGAGAAGAAGAAGAGAAGGGACGCAAUGCACUGUGAGGUGGUGGCGCUGGUCAUAGGUUUCCUCGGACUGAUCGGGGUUGCCGCGGUCACGGGCCUGCCUAUGUGGAAGGUGACGGCCUUUAUCGAAGAGAACAUCAUUGUCAUGGAGACACGUUGGGAAGGCCUGUGGAUGAACUGUUUCAGACAAGCCAACAUCAGGAUGCAGUGUAAGGUGUACGACUCUCUGUUGUUCUUGCCUCCAGAGCUGCAGGCCUCCAGGGGCCUCAUGUGUGCCUCCGUCGCCUUGAGUACCUUUGCCUGCGUGGUGUCGGCCGUCGGGAUGCGUUGCACCAAGCUGGUCGACUCCCGUCCACGCACCAAACACAUCGUCAUGGUCAGCGGAGGUUGUCUCUACCUUAUGGGCUGCAUUACCACCCUCAUCCCUGUCUCCUGGACCGGGCACGUCAUCAUCCAGGAUUUCUAUAACCCUUUGUUGAUCGACGCCCAGCGUAGGGAACUAGGAGAAGCUCUCUACAUUGGCUGGUGCACGUCGGCGCUUCUCUUCACGGCCGGGGUGAUCCUGCUGUGUCGCCAUGCUCCGCGGACGCAGGAGACGGAAGAUCUCAGCCAAGUCACGUACCGGGCGGGUUCGGCGCCGGCGUACAACUACUACAAACCCGAAUACGCUUAUCAACCAGCCUACAGCUACCAACCAGCCUACAGCUACCAGCCGGCCUACACCCCUAUGCCGCCACCAGGAUCUGUGAUAUACAGCCCUCGAGGAUACUAA